AUGUUCCCAGCUGCAUCCCUGUUGACGAUUCUCCUCCUAGCCUUGUCCAUCGUGGCGUCGCCUGUUGAAAUCCACGACUCCCCCAUCACCCUCUCCGUCGCCUGGAGGCUAAACACCUCUGGUGGUACCAUAAACCUCUUACAGCACGACCAAUCUCGCGCGACCGCUCUCAAAACUGUUGGCAGAGACACUCUCAGCCGUCGUACUGGCAGCACUAUUGCGAUGAACGAUGCUGUAUGCUACACCGCAGCACUUGGUAUUGGCAGCCCCGCCACAAUCUACAACUUGAUUGUCGACACCGGUAGCUCGCUCACAUGGGUUAGUGCCACCUCGUACGUGAAGACCAGAACCAGCGUUGACACUAGAAAGCCCAUAUCAGACCCAGACUACGGUUCUGGAACCGAGUACACCGACACCGUCACUCUCGGUAAUCUCACCAUCAUCCAGCAGCCGAUUGGUGUUAUUUCUACUUCAACGGACUCUGUCGUCGGUGUCAUUGGCAUCGGGCCCCUAGACUUGACAGAGGGAGAAUCAUCCACCGCGACAAUCCCAACUGUCACUGACAGCCUGUACAGCCAAGGCAUCAUUUCUCAGAUAAUCGUCAGCCUCUCUUUUGAGCCCACCACUUCGGAGUCAGACACCAACGGAGAGCUCAGCUUUGGUGGAACUGACGCUACCAAGUACACCGGUGCCGUUGCAUACACGUAA